UUCCUAGUAUUUCACUAAAAAUUGGGAACAAUUUGGUGUGAAGGAGAGGCAUACUGGGAGAAAUAUUCAUCACCCCCUUGGCACCAAUUUAUCUCGUACUGUAGUGAUUUCUACUCAACUUCUUUAUCACCAAACUUGGAAGGUCGUAUUGGAUUUUAUUAUUAGUGUAUAAAGGGGUUUUAUAUGUUGAAAUCACACUCGAUCUAAUUGUUGUCAAUGAUUUAAUUUCAACUCAACUCCUUAUAAUUUAUUUAUUUUUCCGUAAUUGUUGUUUCUUGAUGUUAAUCUACCUCUGGCGACAGUGAUUUUUUCGGCAACAUUUCUCUUGAAUUUUUGAUGCGUUUGUCUAUGGUUUUCUCCUUGCCUUGAAACCUGGCUGCCCCUCAAGUGUAACAGUUGAAAUAACCAAGACCAAGAUCCAGUGGGGGCAGUUGCCGCCACUAGGCCCCAGGUGGCUCCGGCCCCUGGGUAGGAAUGGGAAUGAGGUUGCAGGGCGGGUUUGGAAUAAUGAUUAGAUGGAGUAGUCCAGGCCAAGUCCCAUUCCUUCCUAGCAAUGAUCCACUUCCCAGGUGUAGCAGAUUCAAAAUUUUCUUUCCUCCCGACCCAGGAAAUUACUAAGAAUUGGAAUAUAAGUAGCAGAAGAAGUGAAAUGUCAAGGUUCUACAUGGGUGGGAAAGUGGUGGACAGUGUCGAUUUUUUGCGGAAGAGGCACUGGGCAUGGCGGUUGGAUUUGUGGCCGUUUGCUAUUAUGUAUGGUGCCUGGUUGGCAGCUAUAGUCCCUAGGUCAGAUGCUGUGGAUGCCUUUGUAGUACUGGGUGGCCUUGUAGCUCUACACAUUCUCAUUUUCCUGUUCACCGUUUGGUCUGUUGACUUCAAAUGCUUUGUUCAAUACUCCAAGGUUAAUGAUAUUCACCAUGCAGAUACAUGCAAAGUUACUCCAGCAAAAUUCUCUGGCUCUAAGGAAAUUGUGCCCCUUCACUUUCGGAAGUUGGCAGGUUCAUCAAAUUCAGUAGACGUGGAAGAGAUUUAUUUUGAUUUCAGGAAGCAAAGGUUCAUAUAUUCAAAAGAGAAAAAUACCUUUUGCAAACUGCCUUAUCCUUCAAAGGAAAAAAUUGGGUAUUAUCUCAAAAAUACUGGUUAUGGCACUGACACUAAAGUUUUUGCCGCUACUGAGAAAUGGGGAAGGAAUGUAUUUGAAUAUCCUCAGCCGACAUUCUCAAAAUUACUGAAAGAGCAAAUCAUGGAACCAUUUUUCGUAUUUCAGGUCUUCUGUGUGGGGCUAUGGUGCUUAGAUGAGUACUGGUAUUACAGUCUCUUCACCCUAUUCAUGCUGUUCAUGUUUGAGUCUACUAUGGCAAAAAGUCGUUUGAAGACCCUAUCUGAGCUUAGACGUGUAAAAGUGGAUAGCCGAACACUGAUGGUGUAUCGUUGUGGGAAGUGGGUGAAGAUGUCAGGGACUGAGCUUCUUCCUGGGGAUGUUGUCUCAAUUGGCCGUUCUACUGAUCAGAGCGGAGAAAACAAGUCUGUACCUGCAGAUAUGCUUAUUUUAGCUGGGAGUGCUAUCGUUAAUGAAGCUAUUCUAACUGACGAGUCAACCCCUCAAUGGAAGGUUUCAGUAAUGGGUAGAGGAAUUGAAGAGAUUCUGUCACCUAGGCGAGACAAAGCAAAUGUUCUUUUUGGUGGUACAAAGAUAUUGCAGCACACACCGGAUAAGACAUUUCAUAUGAAAACCCCUGAUGGUGGCUGCAUAGCAGUUGUUCUACGAACUGGAUUUGAAACGAGUCAGGGGAAACUGAUGCGGACUAUACUGUUUUCUACCGAGAGAGUUACUGCGAACAGCUGGGAAAGUGGACUCUUUAUUUUGUUCCUUGUAGUAUUUGCUUUAAUAGCUUCUGGAUAUGUUCUUAAGAAGGGUCUAGAGGACCCAACGAGGAGCAAAUACAAGCUAUUUUUGAGUUGUUCAUUGAUAAUUACUUCUGUGAUACCACCUGAACUCCCAAUGGAGCUAUCAAUAGCUGUUAAUACAUCAUUAAUUGCACUAGCGCGUUGUGGGAUAUACUGUACAGAACCAUUUCGAAUUCCAUUUGCUGGGAAGGUUGAUAUAUGCUGUUUUGACAAGACUGGAACAUUAACAUCUGAUGACAUGGAGUUUUCUGGAGUUGGUGGGUUGACAGAUAGUGAGGACCUAGAAACAGAUAUCUCUAAAUUGCCUUUGCGUACUUUGGAAAUUCUUGCUUCUUGUCAUGCCCUGGUUUUUGUGGACAACAAGCUGGUUGGUGAUCCUCUUGAGAAGGCUGCAUUGAAAGGAAUCGACUGGAGCUACAAAUCAGAUGAAAAGUCCAUGCCAAAGAAGGGAGGAGGCAAUGCAGUACAGAUUGUGCCGAGACACCACUUUGCUUCUCACUUAAAAAGAAUGGCAGUUGUCGUUCGUGUUCAGGAGCAAUUUUUUUCUUUUGUGAAGGGUGCACCAGAAACUAUUCAGGAAAGACUUGUUGAUAUGCCAGCAUUCUAUGUGAAGAUCUACAAGAAACACACACGUCAAGGUUCUCGUGUCCUAGCUUUGGCCUACAAGUCUCUUCCUGAGAUGACAGUUAGCGAAGCUAGAAGCUUAGAGAGAGAUGUGGUGGAAAGUGGUCUUACUUUUGCUGGUUUUGCGGUAUUCAAUUGUCCAAUCAGAGGAGAUUCAGCAACUAUUCUAUCUGAAUUAAAAGGAUCAUCACAUGAUUUGGUCAUGAUUACUGGAGAUCAAGCUUUGACAGCUUGUCAUGUUGCGGGCCAAGUUAAUAUUAUUUCAAAACCAGCACUGAUUCUCGGCAGUGGAAAGAACAGUGAAGAAUAUCAGUGGCUGUCUCCUGACGAGACAGAUAUUAUAAAGUACAGUGAAAAUGAGGUUGAAGCUCUAUCAGAGUCAUAUGAUCUUUGUAUUGGAGGUGACUGCAUUGAAAUGUUGCAGCAAACUUCUGGUAUUCUAAAAGUGAUUCCAUAUGUAAAGGUAUUUGCUAGGGUGGCUCCAGAGCAAAAGGAACUCAUCAUGACCACUUUUAAAUCGGUGGGAAGGGUAACACUGAUGUGUGGUGAUGGAACAAAUGAUGUUGGAGCUUUGAAGCAGGCACAUAUAGGUGUAGCUCUACUCAAUGCAAUCCCUCCAGCUCAAAAGGAGAAAUCUUCCUCUGAAGCACCCUCUAAAAAUGAUACUGCAAAAUCUGGUAAAUCAAAGAAACUCAAUUCCGCAGUUGAAAAUGGAGAGGGUCCUUCAAAGAGCAGAGCUGUUUCAAGGUUAGGAUCUACUGGCAACCAAGCUUUUAAGCGCCAUCUGACUGCUGCAGAGAUGCAACGAGAAAAGCUGAAGAAACUCAUGAAUGAGCUAAAUGAAGAGGGGGCUGAUGGUCGAUCAGCUCCCAUUGUUAAGCUUGGGGAUGCCUCAAUGGCAUCACCAUUUACUGCAAAGCAUGCUUCGGUUGCCCCUACAACGGAUGUAAUCCGUCAAGGUAGAAGUACCCUAGUCACUACCCUACAAAUGUUCAAGAUUCUUGGACUCAAUUGCCUUGCAACUGCCUACGUUCUGAGUGUGAUGAAUUUGGACGGUGUGAAACUGGGUGACAUUCAAGCCACAAUUAGUGGAGUUUUUACAGCUGCUUUCUUUCUGUUCAUUUCGCAUGCUCGUCCCCUUCCUACCCUCUCAGCUGAACGGCCUCAUCCCAAUAUCUUCUGCUCUUAUGUCUUCCUCUCUCUCCUAGGACAAUUUUCAGUUCACCUUUUCUUCUUAAUUUCUUCCGUGAAAGAGGCUGAAAGGUACAUGCCAGAUGAAUGUAUUGAACCGGACUCAGAUUUCCAUCCCAACCUUGUGAAUACGGUUUCGUACAUGGUGGGCAUGAUGCUACAGGUGGCCACGUUUGCUGUGAACUACAUGGGCCAUCCUUUCAACCAAAGCAUCUUGGAAAACAAACCAUUUUUGUAUGCCCUUCUGGCUGCUGUUGGCUUUUUUACUGUUAUAACCUCCGACUUAUUCAGGGAUUUGAAUGAUUGGCUGAAGUUAGUCCCUCUGCCAAGAGCAUUGAGAGAUAAACUGAUGAUCUGGGCUUGGCUCAUGUUCCUUUGUUGCUACACGUGGGAAAGGUUUUUGAGAUGGGCCUUCCCUGGUAAGAUGCCGGCUUGGAGGAAGCGGCAACAGCGUGUUGCAGGAACCAUAGAAAAGAAGAAGAGCCUAUAAGCAAGUGGAGGGGUAGUGUUAUCAACAGGAGAGCAGAUAAGAAUUGACAUACUACUUCGCCAGAAAGUCACAUACAAUGGAGAUAACUCCCCUAUGGUACUUUGACUCUCUUACUCUCUGGUCGAGCAAGUUUGCCUUAAGAAACAAUGAUUUACAUUCUACAUUUGAUUCAUUACGGAUGAGAAACUAGACAAAAUUGUUGUAACAUUCAAAUUAUGUAUUCGGGAGUAUUUUCAGGCGACUCCCUGGAACCGAGAACUCUCUUUAUUAGGUGUACCUUAAAUCCUAUUGUUUAUCGUUUUAUCUGAUCCUGUUGAGAUUUAUGAUCCUGGAAACAUUCCUUUUAACGUAUACCAGAAUCGAAUGUUUCAGUUGUA